AUGUUUUGGCGUACAGUGUGCCGCCUUCAGGCGGGCACCAAGCGGUCUCAACUUACCCUUAACAACAUGUCAGGGUUUGAGCUUUUAAGUGUUCGACCUGUAGAGGAUCUUAAUCUCGUAGCCUACGCAAUGCGGCACACGGCCACCGGGGCCUCGUACUACCAUGUGGAUAUUGAAGAUAACAAUAACGUCUUCUGCAUCGGGUUUAGAACUCCGGCAGAAAAUAACAAAGGAAUUUCGCACGUUCUUGAGCACACAGUGCUCUGUGGCAGCCAAAAGUACCCAGUUCGGGAUCCCUUCUUCGCUAUGCUUCAACGCUCGCUCAGCAACUUCAUGAAUGCCAUGACCGGGGCGGACUACACCUUGUACCCAUUUGCUACCACGAACGAGCGCGACUUCUACAACCUGAUGGAUGUUUAUCUGGAUGCAGUUUUCCGACCACUGCUUCGCGAAGAAGAUUUUAAGGUGGAGGGUCAUCGCGUUGAGGUCGCUAGCGAAAAUGCCGAGGCAGACGUGAUUCAUGAGGAUGGAGUACCAACAAUAGAGAGCGAACACCACUCGAAUGCAUCUAGCGUUAGCAAGAAGCGCCUUGUGCACAACGGAGUGGUGUUUAACGAAAUGCGUGGGGUGGUGUCAGAGCCGAACCAGCACUUCGCUCAAUGCCUUAUGCGCACUAUGCUACCCGAGACUCACUACACUUACAUCUCCGGUGGGUACCCGCCAGAUAUUCUGAAGCUUACAUAUGCAGAUCUCGUGUCCUUUCAUAGACGCCAUUAUCACCCCUCUAACAGCAUGACCUUUACAUACGGUAGCCAGCACCCGGAGAAGUAUAUGCAAGUUCUUGACGCGUACUUCUCCACUUUUGAAGCCGCUGAACCAGUGAAUGUGCCGACGUUGAAGGAGCACUGUCGCUUUAAGGAGCCCAAGGUCGUGCAAUUGGAGGGGCCUCUUGAUGUAAUGGGCAAUAUUAAGCAGCAAAAGCGUAUUGCUGUAUCUUACGGUGUACCCCAAGAAGAAAAUUCUAUCUCCAGCGUGGUUGAUCUCAGCGUACUAGACACCCUGCUUUCCUCCGGGCCCAGCUCGCCCAUGUACAAAGCUAUCAUUGAAUCUCAAAUUGGGAGUAAGUACGCUCCGAUGCGGGGCUACGCUUAUUACCUCUCCUCCCCUAUAAUCAGCUACGGGGUGUCCGGCGUGGAUGAGGAGCGGCCCAAUGCGGAAGAGGAAGUUCUUCAGGCCGUCACCUCAGCCCUGGCUUCCACCAGGGACAACGGUUUUGACUCACGACGUGUGCGCUCUGUUAUAUUCCAGGAAGAGCUGCAGCAGCGCCACCGCUCCGCGAACUAUGGAAUCAACUUAUGCACCAGUUUAUGUGCUAUAGGUCUGUGCCGUACCUAUAACGAUCCAUUGGACUUUAUUAACUGGCUACCGCAUCUUAAAAAGUUAGGACAGAACAAUGCUACCUCGUUGCUGCCCUACAUAAACUCUAUAUUUCUAAAUAAUUUAAAUCGUGCAGUAAUCAGCGUAUCGGCUAAUGAAAAUUUUCUGAGUUCCUUCCGGAAGCAGCUGCAGGCAGAAGACGACGCCUUAAAUGAUGCGGCUACCGAGGAUGACGUCAAGUGUGUUGAGCAGGAAAUGAUGGAUUUGUUAAACCGUCUUCGGGCGCCUCAGAGGACAGAAAUGUUGCCAACAUUAGAAAUCAGCGAUAUCCCAACGAAGUCGUUUGCGGAACCUUUACCACAGCCUGCCGAUGGUGGCAACGCAACAUACACUAUCAGCUUCCCCACAAACGGACUUGUCUACGUUCACGGACUGGUGCCCUUCUCCCCGGAACUUAUCAAACACAUACUGGCCGGCGACCUCGACGCUAUCAGCCCAAAUGUGCCAAUUGUACACUCCCUGCUAGCGAACACUGGGGCCAGAAAGUACUCGUUCAAGGAGCAGUCUGUUGAGAUAGAGCUUGUGUGCGAUGGAUUUUCCUUCGCACCUAUACUCAAUGAGUCCUACGCAAACAAAGACUUCACCAUUGCAGGUACUUCAUUUGGAUUUUACACCACUAAGGAGAAACUGAAGGAGAGUCUGCAGCUCCUUGCUGAAGCCCUUCUCGAACCACGCACAAUUUCCUCAGACCCAGAGGUCUACACAUGUACUCUCUCGAGGCUUAAAAUGGUUUGUACCAGUGUUAUUCAGUCUCUUCAACGCUCUGGCGAUCGUGUCGCGGUGUCACGUGCGGUGUCCAAACUGACACAGCGCGGGGUGUUACACGAACAUUGGUGGGGGCUCUCACAUUCCAGACACGUCUCUGAGCUCCUAAAGCAGCUUCAGGGCGGGGAAGACGAAAGACGUAAUGUCAUAGAAAAGCUGUCAAUCGAGUAUAGCAACCUGGCAGCUUCGCUUUGCCACUCUAUGUCUAAUGCCAUUUUAUGGGCGACCUGUGAAGCAAGUCAUCGCAUCGAGGUGGAGCAGCUUUUGAAUAAUUUCAAGGCGAAGUUUUCUGCCUUUGGUUCAUCGGCCUCGAAUAGCAGCUUGCCCACGCGUCUUAUCCUGCCCAAUAUACAGGCUCCUACGCAUGCGCAGAACCUGAUUGAUAAGCUACCUAUUGAUACUUCCUAUGUCGGCUUCGCGCUUCCAAACGUGUUGACAUGGCAGCAUCCUGAUCAAGCUGCCCUGCGCGUAGCGUGUACUCUCCUUGACAACAAGUUCUUACACCGCCGCGUGCGGGAGGAGGGUGGCGCCUAUGGCUCUAGGGCAUCUGCCACCUUACAGGGCCAAGUAGGGGGCAUCACAAUGUCCAGCUAUCGAGAUCCCAACCCAAGUAACACGAUUAAAGCUUUUUUGGAAGCCGCGGAUUGGAUCGCAGAUGCCCGUAAUAUCACCACUGAAAGCUUGCGGGAGGCAAAAUUGCGUCUUUUUUCGUCUAUUGACGCACCAUACGCAGCUGAUACAUACGGUGAUGCAUAUUUUUUAAAUGACAUCCAUCAAGAGUUGAAGCAGGGCAUGCGAGAUGCUCUCCUGCAAGUGAAUGAAAAGGAUAUUGUGCGAAUGGCUGAGCUUUUCAGCACAGAUAAACAGAAAUGUGGCGUAUCAAGUAUACUUCAGCCGAUGGAAGAAAAAGAAGUGUCCUCGGAGACGGUUUAA